AUGUCGAUUGAUUGGAAGGUGCAUACUCAAACAAUAUGCUCCAAAUUGGCUAGCUUCACUUAUGCCCUAGAACUAAAAAAGACCACCGACCUUAAAACAGCUCUAAGUGCAUACUACGCGUAUGCUGACGCGUGGCUCCGAUAUGGAGUGGUAUUGUGGGGCAACAGUCACAUCGUCGCUCUCCGCGAACAGCCGCUGACGAAUAAUAUCACUCCUAAUUCCACAUACGAAUUGGUAAAACGGGCUCAGCGCGAGCCAGCCAGCAGCGUGCGGGCGGUGGAGCGGACACAGCACGAGCCAGCCACCAGUUUGCGGUACUCCGUGUGCAGCAAGUGCCAGCGCACGGGGCAUUUACGCCGGGUGUGCCCAGAUUGGGGAGAGGCGGAGAGAAGUGGCCUACACUUCGGACAGGCGCAACUAGAGGGCGAGAUGGAGGUGGACGGACAUAACUAUGACAUGGAGCAAGAGUUAAACCAUUUGUGUUUGAACGACUUUAAGCCAAACCGGGACAAUACUGUUUUGAAAUUCUAUGAUGGGAGUAAAAUUAGGCCACUCGGGAUUAUCAAGCCUACUGUGCGGUAUGGCAAUAGAACGAAAGUUCUAGAACUCUUCGUGAUUGAUUGUGGAACGACUUCCUUAUUAGGGAGACAAUGGUUGACGGAAUUAAAAAUAGAUGUACCGCAGUUUAGUUGUAACUUUGUAUCUUAUAGUGGAAGUAACGAACAUGUAAACAAGAAAUUGGAAAAUUUACUUAACAGGUUUAAGGAGCUGUUCAGCGGCGGUCUGGGUCGGUACACUGGGGGGAAGGCAACGCUGACGGUGCGCGAGGGGGCGACGCCGGUGUACCACCGCGCGCGGCCGCUGCCGUACGCGCUACGAGAGCGCGUCGACAACGAGCUCGACGCCAUGCUGCGCGCGGGGGUCAUCGAGCCGGUGGUGGACCACUCAGAUUGGGCCUCGCCACUGGUACCCAUUCCUAAGCCUGAUGGCACUCUUAGAUUGUGUGCGGACUACAAAUCUACAUUGAACCCCGCUUUACUGAUCGAUCGUUAUCCCUUACCGAAAAUUGAAGAUGUGCUAGUAAAUUUAAACGGCAAUCAAUAUUUUAGCAAAAUCGACUUAUCCCAGGCGUACAACCAAGUAGAACUCGAUGAGUCCAAAAGGUACACCGUAAUAAAUACUCACCGAGGCCUGUUUAGGUAUAACAGACUAGUUUAUGGUUUGGCUUCGAGUGUAGGUAUUUUCCAACGAAUAAUGACUGAAUUAUUGAAGGGUAUUCCAAAUGUGCAAGUAUUUUUAGAUGAUGUGAUAAUAGGUGGUAAAUCGGAAAAUGAGCAUAUUCACGCUCUAGAGAUGGUUUUACGGCGUUUAUUAGGCCAUGGGUUAAAAUUAAAGAAGAGUAAAUGCGUGUUCCUUACUAAAGAAGUUACGUAUUUAGGGUAUGUAGUCUCUCAAGACGGUAUCAGGGCCGAUAAGUCAAAGGUAAAAGCAGUGUUAAAAAUGCCUACUCCGCAAAGUGUAACCGAAUUACGUUCUUUCCUGGGUAUGGUCAAUUUCUUUGCUAAAUUUAUUAGGAAUAUUAGUUCUAUUUUGUCACCGUUGUAUAACUUGUUACGCAAGAAUGUAGAAUGGAAAUGGGACGGGAAGUGUGAACGUUCAUUCCAAAAAGUGAAACAAUUGCUAAUGAGCGCGGAAGUAUUAUGCCAUUACGAUCCAAACCGACCACUGGUGUUGACUUGUGACGCGAGCGCGCGGGGAGUGGGCGCGGUACUAUCGCAACGGGGCGAGGGCGCAGACGGGCGCGAGCGGGCCGUCGCGUACGCCUCGAGAACCCUCAGCGAUGCCGAAACAAAUUACUCACAAAUUCAUCGAGAAGCGUUAGCUAUCAUUUUUGGUAUAAAGAAAUUCCACCAAUAUUUAUACGGCCGUCGGUUUUUGUUACGUACAGAUCAUAAACCUCUGGUUUCUAUAUUUGGACAAGAUAAAAGUAUUCCUCAAAUGACGGCUAGUAGGAUGCAGCGCUGGGCUGUUAUUUUAUCCGCUUAUAAUUACGAAAUAGAAUACGUAAAAACUACAGAUAAUUGUGCGGAUGGCUUGUCGCGUUUGCCGGAGGUAGGGCAAACGGAGGAGGCUUCUAUACCGGAACAGACGUACCUACAUUUUGUCCAAGACGCCUUGAUGUUAGAUUACAAUGUUGUAAAACAAUGUACGGCUAAAGAUGUCCUGCUCAGUAGGGUUAGGUCAUAUGUAAGAGACGGUUGGCCAGAGGAGUGCGAUAUAGAUAAUUUAAGGCCUUAUUUCAAUAGGAAACGAGAGCUGUACGAAGAGCUCGGCUGUGUAAUGUGGGGCCACAGAGUGGUAAUACCGGAGAGUUGUAGGGAUAGGGUUUUAGAAAUAAUUCACGAACCCCAUAUGGGAAUUGUGAAAUCUAAGGCUUUGGCACGCAGUUACGUGUGGUGGCCUGGGGUAGAUGAGGCCGUGGAGGCGGCGUGCCGCGCGUGCACGGUGUGCGCGGCGCACGCGGACCAGCCGCCGCGCCACGCCCCGUGCGUCUGGCCCUGGCCCUCACGCCCAUGGUGUAGGUUGCAUUUGGAUUACCUCGGUCCCAUUAACGGAACAAUGUAUCUGGUAGUGCUGGACGCGAUGUCGAAAUGGAUUGAGGUCUUUUUGGUGCCGAGCACUUCCGCUAGCUUUACGAUAAAAAUACUUUCAGAGCUGUGGAGUAAAUACGGGUUGCCUAAACAGUUAGUAACAGAUAAUGGCCCACCUUUCACAAGGGAAACUCCCGCCAUGCUGUUAAUGAACCGUAGGUUGCGCACUCGCCUGGACGCUUUAAAGUCAGACAGAGGAGCCAAGGCUCUGGCUGCACAGAAGAAACAAACAGAGGCGGGCGGGGUGCAGAGGAGCGUGGAUGAAGGAGACCAGGUCUGGUAUAGGCAGUACUUACAGGGGGAAAAGUGGGUUGCAGUACCCAACAACCCGGUUGAUACGCCCACAACCAGUGAACCAGUGGCGGGGGCUGAAAGGUCGUGUGAGCGUUUAAAGCGUCGCAUGGCCGAAGCAGGGGAAGAACAGGAAACGUGGCAUGAUGCUAAUCUAGAGGAUUCGCGACCGUGCAGCCCCGUCGGUCACGCACAGUUGCCCAUCAUACUGUCACCGCCCCAGACUCGCCCUAACCGCCAU